AUGGUAGUGAUGAAGAAGAAUGGCAAGAUCCAGAUUUAUAUUGAUUUCCGAGAUCUUAAUCUCACCUGUUCGAAGGAUGAAUUUCCUCUCCCUAUCAAGGAUGUUAUGGUUGAUAAUAAGUGCGGGUUCAAGAGGAUAUUAUUCAUGGAUGGGUUCUCUGGAUACAACCAAAUCAAAAUGCAUCCAGAUAAUUAUAAGCACACAGCCUUCAGAACACCUUUAGGAGUAUUCUGUUAUACAGUUAGCAAAAUAGGCGAUACUGCUCUCGCAAUACGAUAUGACAUUCAUACCACAGAAAGUAGUAUGUUAGUUCUAGUGGUUAGCAUGAUCCGUAACUACAUCAGAGAUAAGGAUUGGAUGUACGCGGGUCGUGCAGAACAUAUGCAAUCUAUUUUCGUUAAUGGAGUUAGUGUUUUCAUGGACUUUGUACGUAGACACGAUAUAGUCCGAUAUGUGAGACUCAUUUGUCCAUGUAAAUUAUGUGUGAAUAAGUUGCAUCAAUUGGAGGAAGAAGUAGAACUUCAUAUUAUGAAGAAUGGUUUUGUUAGAGAUUAUAAAACUUGGGUAUAUCAUGGAGAAAUUGAAGGUUUCAGUGAUGCAGAUGAAGAAGAAUAA